AUGGAACAACUCCAAACACUGCCACCGCCUUCUCACCUCUCGCAUUCCGCACUUUCCUUCCUCGACCACAACCUUCACACCGCAACUGUGUUAUCUGAAUCUCCCAAUUUCGUCGCCGAGCUUCAAACUCAGUGCUCUGAGUUGGAUCGGGCUCUUGCCGAGUUGACUCGGAGACUCGGAGCAGGUCUUGCAGCAUAUGCGUCAUUUUCCGGAGAAAUUCAUAGUCUCUUCGCCGGUGUUAACUCUAAAUUGAAUGAAUUAGCGGCUACGUGCUCCUCCGGCAUUGUGCCAGAUGAGGGAAGAAGCGAGGAAGAGGGUAAAGGUGGGAAAGGUUUCAGAGAAGAACUUGCGACUUUGGCGAAGGAAGUGGCUAGGUUGGAAACGGUUCGUGUUUAUGCAGAGACAGCACUGAAGCUUGAUACUUUGGUUGGUGAUAUCGAAGAUGCUGUAUCGUAUACCAUGAGCAAAAACAUACGGAAACAUUCUUCCGACGAGAACUCAGGAGAUAUGCGUCUGUUUGCUAUUAAAACACUAAAAAUGACGGAAGAAAUAUUGACUUCAAUUACAAAGAUGCACCCUCAAUGGAGGCAUAUUGUAUCAGCAGUUGACCAUAGAGUAGAUCGAGCUCUAGCCAUUUUAAGACCUCAGGCAAUUGCUGAUCAUCGGGCACUUCUAGCUCUGCUUGGAUGGCCCCCAGCUCUGUCUGCAUUAACUUCCUCGCACUCAGAUGCAAGGAGUGCAAAUCAAGUCUCGAAUCCUCUACAAAGCAUGCAAGCCGAUCAUAAGCUCAAGUAUUCCGAAAAUUUUCUUGCUUUGUGCAACCUACAGGAGUUGCAAAGGAAAAGGAAAUCUAGACAACUUGUGGGCCGUGAUAGGGAGGUUGCCCUACGACAACCACUCUGGGCAAUUGAAGAGCUUGUGAAUCCCCUAUCAUUGGCUUCCCAAAAGCAUUUUUCAAAAUGGGUUGAUAAACCAGAAUUUAUUUUUACCCUUGUGUUUAAGAUCACAAGGGAUUAUGUUGAUUCUGUGGAUGAAAUGUUGCAGCCAUUGGUUGAUGAAGCUAAGGUAGUUGGAUAUAGUUGCCGAGAAGAAUGGAUCUCAGCGAUGGUAACCUCUUUAUCCACAUACUUGGCAAAGGAAGUUUUCCCUAGUUACAUUACUCAACUAGAUGAAGAGAGUGUUACAGGUAUUCAGGCAUCCGCUAGAAUAUCAUGGCUGCACCUCAUUGACUUGAUGAUAGCUUUUGACAAAAGGAUUAUAUCUAUGGUAGAACAUUCUGGGAUUUUGUUAUCUUUAGAUGAUGAUAUCUUGCGGAGAAUUUCUUCUCUAUCUGUUUUUUGUGAUCGUCCAGACUGGCUUGAUCUGUGGGCAGAAAUUGAGCUAGGUGAUGCCCUAGAUAAGUUGAAACCAGAGACCGAAAACGAGAGUAAUUGGAAAAAGAAAAUUGAAAGUGCAGUUCUUUCAACAUGUACGGAUGACCAUAAGUCUCCUCUGGUUUCCGGUGCCUUUGUUCGUCGUCUAGCAUCUGUUGUUGAACGUUGUCGGUCAUUGCCUAGUGUUACUUUGCGGUCGAAAUUUCUCAGAUUAGUUGGCAUGCCGAUUAUAAGAAACUUUUUUGAUUCCAUACUUGUCCGCUGCCAAGAAGCUGAAGGGUUGACUGCCUUAACCGACAACGAUGCUUUAGUUAAAGUUGCAGUUUCCAUCAAUGCAGCUCAUUACUUUGAAUCUGUUUUAAAGGAAUGGUCUGAGGAUGUCUUUUUCCUUGAGAUGGGAGUGAAUGAGGACGACAACGGAGAAUUACCAAGUAAUACAAAUAGGGAUAGUGAAGGGUUACCAGAGAGUUCCAAUAGAAUUAUCUUUGAUGAUGAGAUAAAAAAGAUGGAAGAGUUUAGAAAAGAGUGGGUUGAAAAGAUAGCUGCAGUUAUUUUAAGAGGAUUUGAUGCACGUUCUCGAGAAUAUCUGAAGAACAAAAAGCAAUGGCAAAAGAGUGAAGAAGGAUGGACAGUGUCAAAGACUCUAAUAGAGGCCUUGGAUCAUCUGCAAGGUAGAAUAUCGGUGGUAGAAGAAGGUUUGAACAGUAGGGAUUUUGUUGCAGUUUGGAGGAGUUUGGCAGCAGGAAUAGAUCGGUUAAUUUUUAACGGUAUUCUCCUUAGCAAUGCGAAAUUUCAUAAUGGCGGCGUUGAAAGAUUUGGUAGUGACUUGGAUGUUUUAUUUGGGGUAUUUGGGGCAUGGUGUUUGAGGCCAGAAGGUUUUUUUCCAAAUUCAAAUGAAGGUCUCAAGUUGUUGAAGAUGGAUGAAAAGAGAGUGCAAGAAUGUAUGGCAGGGGGGAAGAGAUGGUUGAAAGAUAUCGGGAUUCGACAUUUAAGCGUAUCUGAAGCAGAUAAGAUUUGCAAGAACAGAGUAUUCACAAGUUGA